GAUUGGUUGAAAGAGUGCGAUACGUCAGUCGCUCCCGCGGAAGUACCGAGGGUUAUGCUGCAUCGAUCACAGCUGGUGACAGAGACGUUUACCUGUAAAUACAAGUAUAACAAUGAGCUGAGGCUCCCCAAACCCGACUUUCUCAAUGAUGAACGACAAACUGGUGUUCCUGGGUCUCCUUUAUUUCAUCCAGGGCAUUCCGUAUGGCCUGCAGUCUUCUUUGCUCCCAGUGUACCUGCGUGGUGCUGGCCACUCCCUCACCAACAUCAGCCUCACCAAAAUCCUCUAUUUCCCCUGGGUGCUCAAGGUGUUCUGGGCCCCUCUGGUGGAUCGAACUGGCACCAAGCGCUGCUGGUUAGUGGGCACAGUGGCUGGUCUGGCUCUCACCUGUUUGGUAAGCGCUACCAUCUCACCUGAUGUUCAGUACAUUGGCGUAGCGGGCUCCCUGCUCGCUAUGAACCUGCUGGCAUCAGUGCAGGACAUUGCGGCGGACGGGGCGGCCGUGCGGCUACUCAGGGGUCAGGGGGAGCUGGGUCUAGGAAACACUGUGCAGGUGGUGGGGUAUAAAGCUGGGUCUGUCUUUGCUGGAGGGGGGCUCCUGGCUGUGAUUGAUGUUGCAGGCUGGGGGUGGAUGUUCACCCUGCUUGCGUGCGUGUACGGUGGUGUUGCUCUGUUCGUAUGGGGUGCCCCGGUGUUGGAUGGAGAGUCUCAGCGGGGACAGGGAGAAGGACGGAGAGGGUCAAAGGAUGUGAUGCAGCCAUGGAAGGUGUGGAGGAAGCUCUUGUCUGUGCCAGGAACGCCAUGGACAAUGUUCUACGUUCUCACUUACAAACUAGGUGAACAGGGGGCCGUCACCAUGUUUCCUCUCUUCCUGCUGGACCACCACAUGACAGCCAGAGAGCUCGGGCUGUGGAACGGGGUGGUUGCCAUGGCGUUUUCCAUCUGUGGCUCAUCAAUCGGGGGCUUCUUGCUCUCUCAGUACAGUAUUGGCUUGCUGAUGAGACGUGUGUUUAUGAUGCGGACUGUCAGUAUGGUCUUCCAGAGCUCACUUCUCAUAGUGCUGGAGCCCUCGGUCUUGAUGAAAGGUAUGGCAGUGUUGAGUCUGAGUUUGCAGCAUUUCAUAGCUGGUCUCAUCACCACUCUGACUUUCACCACAAUGAUGAACUGCACACAGAGAGCUGAGGAGAGCAUACAGGCCACCCACUACAGUUUUCUGGCCACUCUGGAGGUCCUGGGGAAACUGAGUUUUAGUGCCCUGGCUGGAGGUAUGGUGGACACUGUGGGCUUUCCCAUAGCCUUCAUCCUUUUCCUCUUCCUCACCUCCAGCAGUGCCCUGCACGUGUGGAGGGCCACAGAGACUGGCAUCCUGAAGGAGCAGCUCAAAGAGCAGCCACAGUGACCAGAGUUAGCCUUUGAGAGACAGUGUGUGUGUAUGGCUAGGUGAAAGAGAGGGAAAUUGAAUCUUAUGCUUUGCAUAAGAUAUUGGUGACCAAAUAGCCAGUGAAAUUA